AUGGGGCGUUCGUCGGCGUCGUCUGCUGACGAAAAUUCAACCGGUAGUGCGAUCAACCAGCUGCGUCGCGGCUUGACGCGGGGUGGUCCGCCCUCGGCCCAUCGCAAGCCCAAUUUCGUCAUGUGUCCGCAAAGGCUCAUCUGCACGUGGGACCAAGGCCAGUCCUCUUGGAAGAAGGCAGAACCUGCCUCCGAUCCGAAAGUCUCAGGGGGAUCACUACCGCCUCAUACUACGGUGUUGAAGUUUGUCGCUGCAGCCGUUCUGAUCUAUCCAGCUAGCCUUCAAGAUGAAAUUCAUCACCACAAGUCAUUGCCACGAGCUCGUUGCAGUUGA